AUGGCUUCUAAACCAAACCCCGGCGAUCGUGCUAGGUUUGCUAAACUCGGAAUGGCAAUAACCGAAGAAUUGACCCAGGCUUGCAGGGAUGUAUUAGAAAUGGAGGUUCCCCCUGGACUGGUGUAUAGCAAGGUGAAAGCAUCUUCAUUUUAUUAUAAUAUACGCCCCGAACAAGAAAAAAAACUUAUAUGCGCCAAUAAUAAUGGCUAUAAAGAAUUUGAUAUUACGCUAAUAUAUACACUGAUAAGAAAUAUUUGUACAAAGGUUCCUCUUCCAACAAAACUUAAUUGGGGUGGAAAUACAAUGCCAGCAGUAGGAGAAAUAACGAUUGGCGAUGACAUUGAGAGGAUAAGGUUGAUAAGAAAUGGUGUGUUUGCACACAUAAGCUCGGCGUCGACUUCACAGAGAGAUUUUGAUAAUACGUGGUCAAUCAUAACUGAUAUCUGCCAAAGACUACAAACGUACACAAAGAAAGACUAUAUGUCUGGACUGAAUAACAUUCAAAGACAGGCCCUGGAGGAGGAAAACGAAAAUGCUGUCAUUAAAAAACUUGAAGAGGAAUAUGAAAAUUACAAAUCUCUCAAGGAAAUGUUGUCAUCUUUGGAAUCUCAUUUGAAAGAACUGAAAGCAGUAUUGGAAUCCCCCUCAAAAGUGAGCUUUUCUAAUGACCUAAGGGAUCAGGUGCCUCGGAGGAACAAGGAGAAACCUGCUAAGAAAUCAGAAGGAAAAACACUGAAAGAUGAAAUUCUGGAAAACUGGAUGGAAGAAGAUGUUGACUUUAUUCCUACAAGAGCGAGUGCAGUCGUGGAAGAAAUGCUUAAACAUCAAAAUCUUGUUACGGUGGCUGGAAAUUCUGGGUCCGGAAAAUCAGCUCUUAUUCAACACAUAGCACUCAAGUAUAAACAGCAAGGAUGGAAUGUCAUACCAGUGGCUGAAGUGAAAGAAAUUAGAAAGAUCUGCUCGCCUGGCAUCUCAGAAAAACUGUUUUUUGUUCUCAACGACCCUUUGGGUAAGGAUUCUAUAGAUGUAGUAUUGUAUAAUUCAUGGAAAAUGUGUAAAGAAACGCUGGAGAUUUGCUUGAAGAAGGUUAAACUAGUGGUGUCAUGUAGAAGAUGGGUUCUGUACGAUAAGAGAGUGAAGGGAAUAUUAUUGGAUGAAUCCACAGUAGCAGAAAUUGACGACGAAAAAAAUAGAAUGACAGAUGUAGAGAAAAGAACGAUCCUAAACCAGUACACACAAAAUUUGAAACUGUCCCGAAAGUUUGUUUCAGAAAUUAUCAAAACAGAAGCUUACUUUCCAUUGCUUUGUAAGCUUUUCUCUAGGGAUUCAGAAUACAAGAAGGGGGUUGAUUUUUUCCAAUGUCCAUACAACUUUAUUAAAAAAGAAAUUGAAAUGUGGAAGAAAACAGAAAGUAAGAAAUUUUGCGCUCUGAUUCUGAUUGUUGUCUUUAAAAACAAUUUGGAUAUCGAUGCUAUUAAAGGGAAUAAAAAUUCCAUGAAAAAAUAUAAAGACAUAUUAGGAAUGUGUGAAUUACAAGAAAGCACAAAUAUUUCAGUCAUUCGCAGUACUCUUCAUGAAAUGAAAGGAUCUUACGUCAAAUGUGUCGGGCAUGCUUUUCAAUUCCUCCAUGACUUCAUUAUGGAGAUAACGACAUUGGUUUUUGGUGUUGAUUGUCCUCAGGAGACAAUACAGUACGCAGACAGUGGUUUUCUGAGACGACGGAUGAAGAUUGAGAAAAAAGAGAAAGACCAUGAUCCCUUCACAAUUUACCUGCCUGAAGUGUACAUAGGUGAUCUUGUGGACAGGUUUAUCACUGACAUUCAGACAGAAAAUGUGAUAGACGUACUCUUAAAUCCAUGUUUAAGGAAAGAAAGUGUGAUCAGAUGUAUAAAAGAAAAAAUUGACUUGCCUGAAGUUCUUCCAAAGCUUCUUUUAAUUAUGGGAUGUGAAAUAGACAAAUCAGAAUUUCUUAAAUCAUACCGGAGUUUUACUUUGUCUCGACUUGGUUUUCUUGAUUUGAAAGGUGAAACAUGUCCGCUGAUUGGAUUCAUUACAUUUUGUCAUGAUGAUAUUUCUAUAUUUCUUUUGAAAAACAUCAUUCAAUUGACAACUCGAGAAAUGCCCAUAUUUUCUGCUAUUUGCGCAAAUGGUGAUUCAAAGUUCUUAGAGUUUCUUAGCCAAGAGUAUAAAGAAACAGCUAUGUUGGAAAAGUGGGGAAUAUUGUUACCAAUUCAUAUUGCUUCUGUAUUCCAUAGCUUUUCAAUCAUUGAAGAAUUGGUAAGACUUGGUGCCAACGUCAACAUGCUUACGACUGAUAAUGAAUGGACACCGUUAAUAUUGGCAGCAUAUAAUGACGAAGAACAUUUAAAAGAGGCUGGUAGACAGACAGAAGGAGGAAAAAGACGUAAUAAAACAAUUCUUUGCUUAUUAAACAAUGGAGCUGAAAUCAAUUUAUGUGGUAUUAAUGGAGUCAGUCCUCUUUAUAUAGCUUGUCAGAAUGGACAUGACAGCACGGUGAAAAUAUUAAUGAGCAACGGUGCGGACAUCAAUUUUUAUCAUAACGAUGGUACCAGUCCUCUUUGGAUAGCAAGUCAAAAUGGACAUGACAGCACAGUGCAACUAUUACUGAGUAAAGGGGUUGAUGUCAACUUCUGUAACAAGAAUGGAGUCAGUCCUCUUUAUAUAGCUUGUGCAGCCGGACGUGACAGCACAGUGAAAAUAUUACUGAGCAAUGGUGCAGACAUCAAUCUUUAUCAUAAUGAUGGUACCAGUCCUUUGUGGAUAGCUUGUCAAAACGGACAUAACAGCACGGUUGAAUUUUUACUGAGUGAAAAGAUGGACGUCAAUUUCUGUAACCAGAAUGGAGUGAGUCCUCUUUAUAUAGCCUGUGCAAAUGGACAUGACAGCACGGUUCAAGUUUUACUAAGUAAAGGAGUUGAUGUUAAUUUCUGCAACAGGAAUGUAGUCAGUCCUCUUUAUAUAGCUUGUGCAGCCGGACAUGACAGCACAGUGAAACUAUUACUAAGCAAUGGCGCAGACAUCAAUUUUUUUAAUGACGAUGGUACUAGUACUCUGUGGAUAGCUUGUGCAAAUGGACAUUACAGCACGGUUCAAAUUUUACUCCACAACGGCGCUGACAUGAAUAUAUAUCAUAACGAAGGUGCCAGUCCUCUUUGGAUAGCAAGUCAAAAUGGACAUGACAGCACAGUACAACUUUUACUAAGGGAAGGAGUUGACGUCAAUUUCUGCAACAAGAAUGGAAUCAGUCCUCUUUAUAUAGCUUGUGAAAACGGACAUGACAGCACGGUGAAAAUAUUAAUGAGCAACGGCGGAGACAUCAAUCUUCAUCAUAACGAUGGUACCAGUCCUCUUUGGAUAGCAAGUCAAAAUGGAUAUGACAGCACAGUGCAACUAUUACUGAGUAAAGGGGUUGAUGUCAACUUCUGUAACAAGAAUGGAGUCAGUCCUCUUUAUAUAGCUUGUGCAGCCGGACGUGACAGCACUGUGAAAAUAUUACUGAGCAAUGGUGCAGACACCAGUCUUUAUCCUAACGAUUGUGUCAGUCCUCUUUGGAUAGCUUGUCAAAAUGGACAUGAGAGCACGGUUCAAGUUUUACUGCGAAAAGGGGUUGAUGUUAAUUUCUGUAACCAGGAUGGAGUCAGUCCUCUUUAUAUAGCCUGUGCAAAUGGACAUGACAACACGGUUCAAAUUUUACUUCGCAACAGCGCUGACAUCAAUAUAAAUCAUUACGAUGGUGCCAGUCCUCUUUGGAUAGCUUGUCAAAAUGGACAUGACAGCACGGUUCAAGUUUUACUGAGUAAAGGGGUUAAUGUCAAUUUCUGUAACAAGAAUGGAGUCAGUCCUCUCUAUAUAGCUUGUGAAAACGGACUUGACAGCACGGUGAAAAUAUUACUGAGCAACGGCGCGGACAUCAAUCUUUAUCAUAACAAUGGUACCAGUCCUUUGUGGAUAGCUUGUGCAAAUGGACAUAAUAGUACUGUUAAAAUUUUACUGCGCAACGGCGCUGAUAUCAAUCUAUAUAAUAACGAUGGUGCCAGUCCUCUUUGGAUAGCAAGUCAAAAUGGACAUGACAGCACGGUACAGCUAUUACUGAACAACGCUGCCGACAUCAAUUUAUGUGAUAAAAAUGGCAUUAGCCCCUUCCAUGUAGCCUGUUACAAGGGACAUGACACCAUUGUACAACAUUUAUUGAACAAAGGCUUUGACGUCAAUCUUAUUGACAACGAUGGUGCUAGUCCUUUGUGGAUGGCUUGUCAAAAUGGACAUGACAGCACAGUUCAAAUUUUACUGAACAAAAACGCUAGCUUAAAUUUAUGUGACAAAGAUGGAAAAUAUCCUCUGUGGAUAGCUUGUCAAAAUGGGCAUGAAAGCAUUGUUAAACUUUUACUAAAAAACAACGCAGACAUCAAUUCAUGUAACUUCAAUGAAGUCAGUCCUCUGGAUAUAGCACGUAAAAAUCAACAUGAAAGCACAGUUAAACUGUUAAUCAGUGAAAAUGUUGAAAUAAAUUCAUGUAACAACAAUGGAGUCAGUUUUCCGAAGAAAGCUCGAAAAUAA